AUGCGAUGUGUGUUUCCAACCCUCGACAAGCCUUUGGAGAGGGUGUUUCAAUGGUACACGCAACAUCUCCUCGUUGAUUAUUACAUGAUAUUUGUUAUUGCACCUCUCAUUAUGACAGCAUUUCUCGGUUGUGGACUUAUAUGGAUAGAAGAACUCACUGUGCUAGAUGCGAAGAAAUUGUACACUCCAGUCAGCGCUCCUUCAUGGGAAGAAGAGCGGAUUAUGAAUGAACUCUGGCCUGUGAAACCGAAUGAAUUUCUACCGGAGCGUACGUUCGAGUGGAGAAGAUAUCUGUAUUUAGUCGUUCAUGGCCGGCCAUACUUAGAAGAAAUCGAGAGACUAGAAGCCGAUGUGGCCACGAAUGUCUCAUUUCCUAUGCAGCAGCAAUGGAGAGACAAUAGCACAUUGAACAUGAACGAAACCGUCACCUUUCAGGACAUCUGCAUGAACUGGUACGGUGAAUGCUACAGGCAAUCAAAUCUGAUUUCUCUUCUAAAGCAUCGUCAGCAACUCGAAGCAAGAGGUAUAGCUGUUAGCUAUCCCCAAGCUAAUACAGGAGGUACCCCAAUCUAUUUAGCUUUCAAUGUCGGCGGUGUCGAGACGUUUCCCAAUGAUACCAUAAAGAGUGCAAAAGCGAUGAGACUUUGGUUCUUUCUGCGAUUCGAGACCUCCACCUUCGAUGAGAUGGCCAAAGAGUGGGAAGAUGCGGCAACCAAGUUCGUGAGAGAAAAGUAUGGCGAUAAUCCUCACAUAACGUGUCACAUUAAGCACUCACGGAUAGUAGACCAAGGUCUCACGAACAACGCGAAUCGACUGAAGCCGUACUUUGCGGUCACGGUGAUUGUGCUCAUUACGUUCACUUCACUUUAUUCGAUGAAGUGGAACAUCAGCAAAACGAAAGGAAGAUUUAAUGUUCGUAUCGACUGGCUUCGAUCUAAACCCAUUCUGGCUCUUGGUGGAGUUCUUUCGUCCGGACUUGCUAUCAUCAGUGGUAUCGGACUUCUUCUUUGGUGUGGGAUGUUCUUCGCCGAGAUCACACUUGUCUCGCCAUUUUUAGUUCUUUCUAUCGGGGUUGACGACAUGUUUAUUGCGGUUGCUGCUUGGCAUAACACCGAGUUGAAAUACCCUGUGCUGAAAAAACGAAUGGUCGAAGCCAUCAGUGAAUCGUCCGUCGCCAUAUUUAUCACCUCUAUCACCGAUGUGCUCUCUUUUGGCGUCGGAACCUUCACCGACAUUAUGGCAGUCGAGGGAUUCUGUGCAAUGACGUCGGCCUGCAUGUUCUUCACUUGGCUCUAUCAGAUAACAUUUUUCGCCGGUCUGAUGGUCAUCUCUGGAAAAGUUCAGCUGGCAGGAAGAAAUGCAGUUCUGCCCUGCAUCAAGAUCUCUGUUUAUGGAAUAACGAUAAUGGAACAAGGUCUUGAUUACGAUAAAUUACUUCUACAGACCGAUCCUUUAGUGGAGGCGCUCGCAACAGAAAUAAAGCUGUUUCCGACUGGUGAUCAGAUCGAGAUCGCUAUCAAAAAUGCUCCUGACAUGAAAAUUCCCAGGAAUAGAGAACGGAUAGAGAAAAUCGCACAAAAAUUCGAGCAGAUCUCUUACAGUAAUGGUCCGAAAAGCACUUCACUAUGGCUCCGUGAAUAUGUAAAAUAUGCAAAUUUGACUGGUUCGUUCCUAAAUGACGAUCGCGAUUCCUGGGUGAUUGGAGUGUACGAGUGGUCGCAACUGUUCGCCUUCUACAAACUUUGGUCACAAGAUUUUGUGUGGUCAAAGACAUAUGAUUACCAACAACUCUCGCUUGUGUCGUUUCGGUUUCGAAUCGGUCUCCACGACCUCUUUACUCCUACAGACCUCGUCAUGGUCACGGCCGAAGUGAGGGAGUUGGCUGCUCAACACCCGGAUCUCGAGAUAUUUACCUACCAGUAUAGCAGGCCGAUCGCUGACCAGCUGAACGUGAUCCUACAAUCAACCGUCCAGAACGACCUACUGGCUGUGGUAUGCAUGGUCCUCAUUAGCCUGCUUUUCAUUCCUAAUCCACUAUGUGCUGUUUGGAUUACUAUUGCCAUAGUGACCAUUGACGUUGGAGUUAUUGGAUUUCUUUCAUUAUGGGGUGUCAAGCUCGAUCCAAUCUUCAUGAUCACCGUCAUAUUGAGUAUUGGUUUCUCAAUUGAGUUCUCAGCACACGUUACCCACGGUUUCGUAAGUAAUGAAGGAAAUUUGACUCCGCAAGAAAGAUGCAUUGAAGCAAUGGAGAGGCUUGCUUGGCCAGUGGUCCACGGUAGCAUUUCAACGAUUCUGGGAGUCACAGUGUUGGCGUUCAUCAACUCUUACAUGGUGCUUGUGUUUUUUAAGACCGUCUUCCUUGUCCUCGUCAUUGGUCAGUUUUUGUCGAGCGGGAAGACCUUCAAGUUGUUAUUUUCAGGAGUGGUCCAUGCGUUAGUGCUCUUGCCGGUAGUACUGGCCAUCACCACACCGUAUAUAGAGCGAUUUAAUUCCUAUCUUCAACGUUUCACAAAGGAAAGGAAGGUGAAGAACGCCGUCUCUAAAGGCAACGUCUAUGCUAUAACAGUUCCCGUUAAUAUCUCCUGA